GGCCGGCUCGCGCAGGCGCUGUGUCCCCAAGCCAAGAUGGCGGUGAGGUGCUCCUCACGCUGGUUUUCGGUGGCUGUGGGGAACCCCCGGCUGCCGGCCGCGGCGGGGAAAAGGGUUCUGGCGCCCUGGGAGGGUACCGUGGUGGUCUCUCUGAGCCGUAGGCUGAGUGACGUCGCCUUCUCUCCUCUUUUGGGAGUCUGCGCCCCAGGGAGACUCCUGACAUUGAGACCUAGCGUCAGCCUCUCAGGAAUAAAAUUUUACCCUUUAAUUUGUACUUCUCCAUUUCAUACAAGUUCCCCUUCCUCAGCCAAAGAUGAUUAUUAUCAGAUAUUGGGAGUACCCCGAACGGCCAGCCAGAAAGAGAUCAAGAAAGCCUAUUACCAGCUUGCCAAGAAGUACCACCCUGACACAAAUAAGGAUGAUCCUAAGGCUAAAGAGAAGUUCUCACAGUUAGCAGAAGCCUAUGAGGUCUUAAGUGAUGAAGUGAAGCGAAAACAGUAUGAUACUUACGGUUCAGCUGGCUUUGACUCUGGAACAGGAAGUUCAGGACAGAGCUAUUGGCGAGGUGGCCCUACUGUUGACCCAGAGGAACUCUUUAGGAAGAUCUUUGGGGAGUUUUCAGGAUCUCCAUUUGGAGACUUUCAGAGCGUAUUUGAUCAACCCCAGGAGUACAUCAUGGAAUUGACAUUCAAUCAAGCUGCAAAGGGUGUUAAUAAAGAAUUUACUGUAAACAUUAAUGAUUCCUGUGAGCGAUGUGAUGGCAAAGGAAAUGAACCAGGCACCAAAGUUCAGCAGUGCCAUUACUGCAAUGGCACAGGAAUGGAGACCAUAAAUACAGGCCCUUUUGUGAUGCGUUCUACAUGUAGACGAUGUGGAGGCCGUGGAUCCAUAAUAACUACUCCUUGUGUGAUAUGUAGGGGAACAGGACAAGCGAAACAGAAGAAGAAGGUCGUGGUCCCAGUGCCUGCAGGAGUGGAAGAUGGCCAGACCGUUAGAAUGCCUGUAGGGAAAAAAGAAAUUUUCAUAACAUUCAGGGUUCAGAGAAGUCCUGUAUUUAGGAGGGAUGGAGCUGAUAUCCACUCAGACCUCUUUAUUUCUAUAGCUCAAGCUGUCCUUGGUGGGACAGCCAGAGCUCAGGGGUUAUAUGAGACCAUCAAUGUCACGAUUCCUCCUGGGAUACAGAUUGACCAAAAGAUUCGAAUGAGUGGGAAAGGUAUCCCCCGGAUUAAUAGCUAUGGCUAUGGUGACCACUACAUUCACAUAAAGAUUAGAGUUCCCAGAAGACUGACGAGCAGGCAGCAAAGUCUGAUGCUUAGCUACGCAGAGGAUGAGACUGAUGUUGAAGGGACAGUAAAUGGUGUCACAAGUACAACUGCUGGUGGCAGCACCAUGGAUGGCUCUGCCAGAGACAGAGCUAGGCCUGAGGCUGGGGAGAACAAGGAGGGAUUCCUUACCAAACUUAAGAAAAUGUUUAGUUCCUGAUAUCCCAGGCGAGGCAAACGGUCUACUGGAAACUAGGCAAAGGAAGUCACAAGGACACAUCAUUCUGUCUGUCGGACUGGAAAAUGGAAGGACUCCAGAUCAAUAGCACAGCAGCUGCAUGCAGAGGCUCUCUGACAUACUUCAUCAACAGUAAAAUCAUGUGACAAAUUUCCCCUUUAGAAUAGGGUUACCAGUGGAUGGACUUAUCAAUAAGACAUGCCUUAACUCUAAGACAGACCCUUAUAUCUUAAAGAUGAUGCAGAUUUCUUGUCCAAGGGAAGGUAACCCAAAUCCUUCUGACUCUACACUCAGUAGAACAAUUGAUACUUCUUAUGGAGCCAAAAUUUUAAUUUGGAGUUGGAUGUGAUAGGAAGUGUAGGUAUAAAAUGUAAAAAAACAAAACAAAAAAAACACAAAACCUCUGCCUACAGCUUAAAAUGAAGCCUUAAGCUGCAUACAGCUGUGAACUAAUUAACUUUUCACUUAGCAAGUAUCCCGAAGAACUGCCCAAAUAAAUCCGUCCCAAUAGGCUCUCUUCUCUAAGAGCUUAUACUCAGCAUGCCUUGACAAUGUCCUUUUCCUUCUAAAAGGAUAUGUCGGGAGCUAUUCAAUUCUCCCUUCUUUGCAGCUACUUCCAUGUGUCAUUGUAUUCAAAAUUCUAGGGGUACAGUGCAUCUAAGUAAGCACUUUGGUGGUGUGAAAGCAUCUAAUGAUCUAAUAAGAUUUAAUUGGGGGGGAGGGUGUAUACACUUAUUGACUAUAGGGCAUAAUUAUUAUAGAGUUAUCCUUAACAAAGGUAUCCUGGUGUUCCCCUAUUUCAGUUUUGUCAUUUAAAGCCAGACUGAAAGCCCAAUAUACUGCCCUUUUACCAAGUCAGACUAUAUAUAUAUAUAUAUAUAUAUCCCAUGUCCUUAAGUGGACAGAGUUCAGCUAUUCCAUUCAAACUGAGUUCUUGCCAGCCCAUGGGGUAAGGUUCUUGGAUUACUGUUCUUACAUUGUUGGCAUCAUCAGAAAAGUAUCUUUAAAUUAUUUGACUCUUAAGAAUCAUUGUCUCUUCAUGUACAAGUGUUUGUUUGGUUUUUUAAAAAUAGUAAUCUAACCAGUUUCAGGUUUUCAGGUUUUAAACUAUAGCAAAAUGUAUUGUUUCCAUAGUGGCCACAGCUUUAUCUAACUAUUGUGGCUUCUAAGUGUUUAAAAAAUACUCAUGCUAAAAGUCAAGCAGGUUAAUGAAGAAUGUUUCUGAAUGGUUCCACUUUUUAUUUCAUUUUUAAUUUGCUUAAAAUAAAGCCAUUAUUAGUGUCUAAUUUAAAAUCUGUAAAGUGAUUCUGUAUCAAUGUAAAUAAGAUUAUCUGCUGCAAAAAGAUGUUUAAAAACCUAUUGUGUGGUCCAUUUCUUUGGAAAAAAAGGAUUUCAGCUACAAGGCACUUACCUAAAUUGAGUAUCCUAUGAAAGCAGAGGUUCCCUGGGCAAUGCAAUAAUGAUAACUCACAUUUACAUAUGUUUGUUUGUUUUUUAAAGCUUAAUCUGCUCUUUUCCCAAAAUCUUUCAAUUCAUUAUUUACUUGUUUUUGACAUUAAUUUAAAACAAAAUUUGAAUUCCAAAUUCUUUGCCCCUCCAAACCUUCCUCCAUCCACUGAGAAGACAAGCAAUAUAUCAGUUAUAUUUACAUGGUUGGGUUUUUUUUAAACCCUUACUUUCUUCUUUAGAGUCAGUACUGGGUAUUGGUUCCAAGGCAGAAGGAGGGGUAAGAGCUAGGCAAUAGGGGUUAUGUGAUUUACCCAGGAUCCCAUAGCUAGGAAAUGUCUAAGGCCAGUUUUGAACUCAGAACCUCUUAGGCCUGGUUCUCUAUCCACUGAACCACCUAACAGCCCCCUAUUUAGAAUUUUGAUGUUUUGUGGAGUGCUUUACAUUCUUAUUUGAACCUCAUAUUCUGUGAGAGGGGCUAUUAUAAUUUUCUUGUUUCUCUUUUAAAGAUAAGGGCCAUGGCUGAGAUUAAGUGAUUUGCCCUUAAUCAUGGCAAGCAAAUAACAGGUGUAGGAUUCAAACCCACAUCUCUCAUCUCCAAAGUUAGGGCUCUUGCUGUGAUUUUGCAGGAAAAUGUUGAGAAUAUUAUGUAGCUCAGAUAAGUGGCAAAUUUGCUAAUGCAAAUAAUUGACUCCAGAUUUGUCUGGCAGAUGCUACCUAAGAGUUUAUUUUUAUACAUAUACAUUUAUACAUAUACAUUAUACAUUACAUAUAGAAACCAUUUUUGAUAAAUUUUUUCUGACAUUUUAUGUUUCAGACAUCUAUCUCCCCUGUGGUAAAUAGUUUGAGAUUGAUUCUAUUAGCGCUGUUACCAAUACACAUUUCCAUAUUCCUCAUGCAGUGAAAGAUAUAUCACACAUACAAUUAAAAAACUCAUGAAGGAAAUAAAAUGGAAGAUGACAUACUUUGAUCUACACAGUUAGACUCCAACAGUUCCUUUUUUGGCUGUGGAUAGCAUUUUUCAUCAUGAAUCUCUUCUGGAUAUCUUGGAAACUUGCUUUGCUGAUAAUAGUUUAGUCUUUCACAGUUGAUCAUUGAACAGUAUUUCUGUUACUAUAUAUAGUGGUCUCUUGGCUCUGUUUAUUUCACUUUAUGUCAGUUCAUAUAGGUCUUUCUAGAUUUUUCUGAAUUCAUCCUGUUGGUCAUUUCUUAGAGUGCAAUAGUAUUUCAUUGCAACAUAUAUCACAACUUGUUUAGCUAUUCCUCAAUUGAUGCACACCCCCAGUUUCCAAUUCUUUGCCACUACAAAAGGAGCUGCUAAAAAUAUUUUUGUGCAGGUAGGGUCCUUUCUCAUUAUCUCUGAUCUCUUUGGGAUACAGACCCAGUAGUGGUAUUUGUGAGUCAAAGGGUAUGCCCCUUGGCAUAUUUCCAAAUUGCUGUCCAAAAUGCUUGUAUUAGUUCACAGUUUUACCAACAGUAUAUUAGUGUCUGAAUUUUCCCACAUCCCCUCUUAACAUUUAUUAUUUUCCUUUUUGAUCACAUUAGCUGAUUUGAUAGGUAUGAGAUGGUAUCUCAGAGUUAUUUUAAUUUGCAUUUCUCUAAUAAGUAGUGAUUUGGAGCAUUUUUUCAUAUGACUAUAGAUAGUUUUAACUUCUUUCUCUGAGAAUUGUUUAUAACAGUUGGCCAUUUUGUAUCAAUUGGGGUAUGCUUUAUAUUCUUAUAAAUUUGACUCAGUUAUAUAUUUGAGAGAUUAGGCAGAGACACUUGCUAUAAAAUCAGAGACACUUGCUAUAAAAUACCUAAGAGUUUAAAAGCACUAUUGAGAAAUUUCCUUCUCAGAAAACAAUGUAGAAUAUGAACUGAUGUGGAAAAUUACUGCUAUAUAUAAUCCACAUUUUCUCCUCAUAAUUUUACAUAUAAAUGAUUAUAUUUGCCCCUUCUGACCUCAUCCUUGCUCUUAUUCACAAACCAUAGUCAGGAGCAAUUGAUGGAAACUACUCUACUUAACUAUAAAUCUCCUUACAAACUCCCUCCACGCUAUGUGUGUGAUACUCUAAUUUGUCCCCUUGCUUUAAAUCUCUCCAUUCAUUAUAGCUAAUGAAUUAAUAUUCCUAAAACAAAAGUCUGAUCAUGUCACUCCCCUGUUGAGAAUUUUCAUUGGCUUUCUAAUAUCUCUAUGAUAAAAUGUAAACUAUUGAGCAUUUAAAGUCUUUCACAGGUUGCUUCCACCCUAUCUUUCUAGGCUAAAUACACAUGGCAAACUUGCUUCCCUUAGUGCUUGGCAUUCUAUCUCCCACUACCAUUCCUUCAACAGGCUAGCCUGAAGUUUUCUUCCUUAUUCUGACCUCUUGGAACCCCAGGCUCCUGUCAAGGCUCAGCUCAAGGUACAUCUCCUACAUUUCCCCAACAGCUAAUGCUUCUCCCUUCCCAAAACCACUUUAUAUAUGUACAGCCAAUUAAGUGAGUGUGUGAUCUCAUUAAUGUGCCAUUCCCUCCAGUGAUGUGGAUUCAAACAUUAUGCACCUGCCUGUCUCAUGUGACUUACCUGCAUCCUCCCUAAAGUUUAUCACAAGGUGUUUACCCAAGAGUCUACCUUUUUUGCUUUUUCCUGACAUUCUUAGGAUACUGGUUGAGCACACAGACAUGUCUUAUUCUAAUCUCUGACUAGCCCAUAUUUUUCAGGCAUACAUGAUAUCUUUCAAUCUAGUACAUCAUAGUUCCUUGUUAGAUGUUGCAGGAUGCUCACACCCAAAACGUGCCUCUCUAUGAUACUCAUUUUUAAUUCUUUGAAAACUAGUAUUCCAUGCCUCAGAGUCAUAUAAUAAUUUGGUAGAAUAUUGAUAUUUUUAAAAUGGGCCUUAGUUUUUGGGAGAAGUUUGGAAUUAUUAAAGGAAUUUUGUAAUUUCUUAGUUUAGUCUGAGGGCAGCUACGUAGCUCAGUGAAUUGAAAGUCAGGCCUAAAGAUAAGAGGUCUUGGGUUCAAAUUUUACUUCAGACACUUCCUAGCUGUUUGACUCUGGGCAAAUCACAACCCCCAUUGCCUAGUCCUCACUACUCUUACCUUGGAACCAUACCCAGUAUUGAUUCUAGGUAAGGGUGUGUUUAAAAAAAAAAAAGGACAAUUUAGCUUGUUUUCAACCUGUUGAUUUUGUACAACUUUUCCCUUUGGAUUGCCUACUUAGGAUAUAUAUGUUGAUGGACAGUUUCUAUAGAUCAUUAUAUUUUGUAGUUAUAAUAUAACUGCAUGCCAUAUUCUGGACAACUGAUAUUUUUCAUCCACUUAAUUUUUUCACGGGUGGAUGGCUAAGCCAAACUCUUUUUGAGUGGUCAUGGAGUUCUUGGGGGCUUUGCAGUGUUACAGCACUUGAUGCAACUAGGACACGAUCAUAUACAAACGAGUAUUUGAAUGACCCUGUCCUCUAUGGAGAAUUGCUCUUUAAAAAAAAAUUUUGUCCUUUGCAUUGAAUCUCUCAUGAUUAUGAAAGUGGCAAACAUACCUCCUUCCCUGUGUUAUGCAUUGCCUGGCAUUUAUGAUCAGAGGAUCAUCAAACAAGGUAAUCUCAUAACCUUAAAGGAAUCUUGAAUAAUUUUGAUGUAUGAAUGGGAGAUAUUGUUAGACAAUAGUCUUGAAGUUGUUUUUUGCUUUAGCGAAUUAAAUAAAUAAUUUAGUGAAUAAA